AUGGCACUGGAGGCCGUGUUUGUCUCUCCACUCACACCGGAGCUGCUACUCGUGCUUCCAGGAGAUGGUGUGCUCCCACUCAAUCCUGGAAUGUGGAUUGAAGAAAGUUGUAAUUCUGUGCUGAAUCUAUACUGCGUUCCUCAAAAUACACUUAUUAACCUGUCCGCUUGCUGUGAAACUCUCACUAUUUUCCAGUUUUUCAGUAAUGAUGAAUUGUGA